AUGUCAGGCACCUUUUUAAUUUCCUUUGAUUUCAGUGGGGAGAAUUUAAGCUCCAAUUUCUUCCAUUUCAGUUGGAAGGAUUCCAGAUGCUCAACCUUGCCCGCAUUCUUUUCAGAGCAUUUAGAUUCCUGAUAUAUUUUUGUUUUCUGAAAGUAACUCAAUGCUGUGUUUGCCUUUGGACAGAGCAAGAAGUGUUCCUUUUAUUGUUCCACCCAAAUUUCAUCGGCAAGGGUGGACCGAUACGAUAAAUGGAGAACAAGUUCAAAAGGAGAAUGACUUUUAUGUUACGCCAGAUUCUGGGCCUCGAUCCUCUUUCCAUUCUUUAGCUGGAGCUUACCUCGUAGGGACCAUUAAUCCAGAGCUCUACCGGUUUCCCGAAGACAAGAGUGAGACGGACUUCCCAGAGGGAAAUAUUGGUCGGCUUUGGUUCUCGGUGGAAUACGAGAAAGAGUCAGAAAGGCUCCUGGUGUCCUUGAUCAAAGCCCGAAAACUGCAGCCUCCCUCCGGUUCCUGCAACCCCUUGGUGAAGAUCUACCUCCUACCUGAUGAGCGACGUUACUUGCAAUCUAAAACAAAACACAAAAAUCUCAAUCCCCAGUUUGACGAGAAUUUUGUUUUCCAGAUUUCCAGCAGUGUCUUGUUUCAAAGGACACUGAAGUUCUGUGUCUACCAUGUUGAUAAACAGAAGAAGCACAUUCUCCUGGGCCAAGUUAUCUUCCCCCUGAAAAAUGAAACCUUAGCUGAGGAUGGGAAAGUUGUUGUCUGGAGAGAUUUGGAACCAGAUACCCUGGAACCACCUUCUGAACAUGGCGACCUCCAGUUCUCCCUCAGCUACAAUGACUACCUGGCCCGUCUCACGGUGGUGGUGCUGAGAGCUCAAGGUUUAAAACUCCAGAAUGAAAAAAGUGCUGUUGAUGUGUUUGUCAGAGUGUCACUAAUGAACCACAAUCAGUUCAUCAAAAGCAAAAGGACCAGAGCAAUCAUUGGAUCCUCCAAUCCAUUAUACAAUGAGACUUUUAGCUUCCGGGUUGACCAGUUGGACCUCGAUGCUACCAGUCUGUGCUUGUCUGUUCUCCAAGGAGAUGAAACCUCCUCACUGGGCUGUGUGAUUGUUGGGCCCUUCAUGUACACCCGGGGGAAGGAACUAGAACAUUGGAAUGAGAUGAUCAGUAAACCCAAGGAGCUGGUGAAAAGAUGGCACUCACUGUCGCUUAGCAGCUGAAAGAUGGAGUGCUCUGCUGCUUUUCUUACAAGAGAGUUUAACGUUAUUAUCUCCACGAUGGGUCCGUCCGAGAUACUUCCUGCUUCAGUUCAUCACAGAAGUUCUGUGCCUCAGUGAUCAAUGGCAAGGAACAACAUCUCUAAGGAGGCUGGAUCUCAUUCUGAUCUCAUGCUAGUGGAUUAUUUCAAAUCUACUGAACUGCAAUGAGAAGAUUGUCUGAUCCUAAAAAUCAGAAGAACUCAUCAGUCACUGAGAAAUGUGUGCUGGCUGUAUUGCUACAUUUACCACAACUGACAUUUGAUGUGCUUAACCCCAAAGGUCUGUGAAUUACUAGAAUAAUGCAUCCUUAAGUAUAAUCCAGAACUGAAAUCAAGGAGUUUAAGAAUACCUACAACAGGGUGUUUUCUUUUUUUAAACCCCAGACCAAUUACUGUUUAUGAAGCCACAACCUUCAAGGGAAUCUUCUAAAAUGAUACUGCAGCAUUUCUGCUGAAAGCAUGGGCUAUUGAACAAAAUGGGAUA